AUGGCUGAUGCUGCAGUGGUUUGCAAGCAGCUGGACUGUGGGUUUGCUGUUGAAGCACAUUGGACUGCACACUUUGGGCCAGGAUCUGGCCCCAUUUGGAUGUCUGAUGUUGAGUGUCACGGCACCGAGCCUGCCCUGUCUGACUGCGAAAACACAGGAAGCUCUGAACUGUACUGUGAUCACAGUGAGGAUGCUGGAGUGACAUGUUCAGGAUUUGUCCAGCUGGUUGGAGGGGACAGCCCCUGCUCAGGACGAGUGGAGAUCUAUGACAAGGACCAGUGGAAAGCUGUCUGUGACUCAGACUUUGGUCCCAAAGCUGCUGACGUGGUCUGUGGGGAGCUGCAGUGCGGCGUAGCCCUGUCCAUGCCUGGGGCAGCUCAUUUUGGAAAAAGUGGUGGUUCCAUCUGGGACAGAGAGCUGCAGUGUUUGGGGAAUGAAUCCCUUCUCGCCUCCUGCCCAAGAGGGUCCCCCAGGGACCAGCCCUGCACCCACACCAAUGCUGCCGGUCUCACCUGCACAAAGUACACAGGGUUCAGGCUGGUGAAUGGCAGCACAGCUUGUGAUGGGAGGGUGGAGGUCCAGGUGCUGGGGACCUGGGGCACCCUCUGUGCUUCCCGUUGGGACCUCUUGGACGCCCAUGUUCUCUGUCGCCACCUCAACUGUGGGUUUUCUGAGUCCAUUCCUGGAGGAGGGCACUUUGGGAGAGGCAUGGGCCCCACCUGGAGAGAGUCAUUCCACUGUGAUGGGACUGAAGGCCACCUGGGACAGUGCCCAGUGACUGCCCUGGGAGCCUCACCGUGCUCCCACGAGAAUGUCGCUGCUGUCAUUUGCUCAGGCUCAGCCAGCUCCGCAUCCCUGCGGCUGGUGGGUGGAGGGAGCCGGUGUGACGGGCGAGUGGAGAUCUUCCAGCGCGGGACGUGGGGCAGAGUCCUGGAUGACCAGUGGGACAUGCAGGAGGCCAGUGUGGUGUGCCGGCAGCUGCGGUGCGGAGAGGCAGAGACAGCCUACAACCCCCCGAAGCCUGAGAGAGGGACGGGUCCCAUGGGGCUGCGAGGGGUGCGGUGCGCAGGGCACGAGGCCAACCUGACCCUCUGCAACACCUCCCUGGCCGAGAGUGCGCUGGCAGCAAGUAUUGCAGAGGAUGUGGGGGUCGUUUGCUGGGGGAGCCGGCAGGUCCGGCUGGUGAACGGGUCCGGGCGCUGUGCUGGGAGAGUGGAGAUCUACUACCGGGGCAGCUGGGGGACCAUCUGUGAUGAUGGCUGGGACCUGCUCGAUGCCGUCGUCGUUUGCCACCAGCUGGGCUGCGGAGGGGCGGUGGAGGCGGUUGGCUCUGCUCGGUUCGGGGAAGGCUCUGGGCAGAUCUGGCUGGAGAGUGUGAACUGCUCUGGGGCCGAAGCUGCUCUCUGGGACUGCCCGGCAGGGUCCUGGGGGAAGCACGACUGUGGGCACAAAGAGGAUGCAGGAGUCGUCUGCUCAGAGUUCGUGGCCCUGAGGCUGGAGAACAGCACCACCUGCUCCGGGCGCCUGCAGGUUUUCUAUAACGGGACAUGGGGGAGCAUUUGCUCCAACUCAAUGACUCCCAAAACGGUGUCGCUGGCCUGCAAGGAGCUGGGCUGUGGGGAUGCAAAAUCCUUGGAAUCGUACCCAACCUCUGGCAGGCUGACUGGCCCCGCCUGGCUGGAUCGCGUGGAGUGUGGGGAGAGAAACAGCUCCUUCUGGCAGUGUCCCUCCGCUCCCUGGGACCCACAGUCCUGCGAUGACCUGCGAGAUGAGACCCACAUCACCUGCAACGGGGCUGCGGAGGUGAGGCUGGAAAAUGGUGGCGGACGCUGUGCUGGAAGAGUGGAAGUGAAACAAGAGGGCCAGUGGGGGACCGUGUGUCAUUAUGACUGGGACAUGUCUGAUGCUGCAGUGGUUUGCAAGCAGCUGGACUGUGGGUCUGCUGUUCAAGCUCAUUUGUAUGGAUACUUUGGGCCAGGAUCUGGCCCCAUUUGGAUGUAUGGCGUUCAGUGUGACGGCAACGAGGCUGCCCUGUCUGACUGCACAAACACAGAAUUUUAUCGAGAUUACUGUGAUCACACUCUGGAUGCUGGAGUUACAUGUUCAGGAUUUGUCCAGCUGGUUGGAGGGGACAGCCCCUGCUCAGGACGAGUGGAGAUCUAUGACAAGGACCAGUGGAAAGCUGUCUGUGACUCAGACUUUGGUCCCAAAGCCACUGACGUGGUCUGUGGGGAGCUGCAGUGCGGCGUAGCCCUGUCCAUGCCUGGGGCAGCUCAUUUUGGAAAAAGUGGUGGUUCCAUCUGGGACAGAGAGCUGCAGUGUUUGGGGAAUGAAUCCCUUCUCGCCUCCUGCCCAAGAGGGUCCCCCAGGGACCAGCCCUGCACCCAAGCCAACACUGCCGGUCUCACCUGCACAAAGUACACAGGGUUCAGGCUGGUGAAUGGCAGCACAGCUUGUGAUGGAAGAGUGGAGGUCCAGGUGCUGGGGACCUGGGGCACCCUCUGUGCUUCCCGUUGGGAUCUCUUGGAUGCCCACGUUCUCUGUCGCCACCUCAACUGUGGGUUUGCUGAGUCCAUUCCUGGAGGAGGGCAUUUUGGGAGAGGCACGGGCCCCACCUGGAGAGAGUCAUUCCACUGUGAUGGGACUGAAGGCCACCUGGGACAGUGCCCAGUGACUGCCCUGGGAGCCUCACCGUGCUCCCACGAGAAUGUCGCUGCUGUCAUUUGCUCAGGUGACUCCGCAUCCCUGCGGCUGGUGGGUGGAGGGAGCCGGUGUGACGGGCGAGUGGAGAUCUUCCAGCGCGGGACGUGGGGCAGAGUCCUGGAUGACCAGUGGGACAUGCAGGAGGCCAGUGUGGUGUGCCGGCAGCUGCGGUGUGGAGAGGCAGAGACAGCCUACAACCCCCCGAAGCCUGAGAGAGGGACAGGUCCCGUGGGGCUGCGAGGGGUGCGGUGCGCAGGGCAUGAGGCCAACCUGACCCUCUGCAACACCUCCCUGGCCGAGAGUGCGCUGGCAGCAGGGAUUGCAGAGGAUGUGGGGGUCGUUUGUUGGGUGAGUGGCACUGCAGGGGCCCCCCAGGCUCUGGGCUGGGUGGGCACCAGCCCCUGACAGCAACUGGGGUUUCUUCCCGCUGCAGGGAGCCGGCAGGUCCGGCUGGUGAACGGGUCCGGGCGCUGUGCUGGGAGAGUGGAGAUCUACUACCAGGGCAGCUGGGGGACCAUCUGUGAUGACGGCUGGGACCUGCCCGAUGCCACUGUCGUUUGCCACCAGCUGGGCUGCGGAGGGGCGGUGGAGGCAGUUGGCUCUGCUCGGUUCGGGGAAGGCUCCGGGCAGAUCUGGCUGGAGAGUGUGAACUGCUCCGGGGCUGAAGCUGCUCUCUGGGACUGCCCGGCAGGGUCCUGGGGGAAGCAUGACUGCGGGCACAAAGAGGACGCAGGAGUCGUCUGCUCAGAUUUCGUGGCCCUGAGGCUGGAGAACAGCACCAACUGCUCCGGGCGCCUGCAGGUUUUCUAUAACGGGACAUGGGGGAGCGUUUGCUCCAACUCAAUGACUCCCAAAACGGUGUCGCUGGCCUGCAAGGAGCUGGGCUGUGGGGAUGCAAAAUCCUUGGAACGAUACCCGACCUCUGGCAGGCUGACUGGCCCCGCCUGGCUGGAUCGCGUGGAGUGUGGGGAGAGAAACAGCUCCUUCUGGCAGUGUCCCUCUGCUCCCUGGGACCCACAGUCCUGCGAUGACCUGCGAGAUGAGACCCACAUCACCUGCAACGACAGGGAGAAGAUUCGUGCUGUGGGAGGCGAGAAGGGGUGCUCGGGCAGAGUGGAGGUGUGGCACCGUGGCUCCUGGGGGACGGUGUGCGACGACUCGUGGGACAUGCAGGAUGCCGAGGUGGCAUGCAGGCAGCUGGGCUGUGGCCCCGCAGUGUCUGCCCUGGGCGAGGCUGCCUUUGGGGAGGGGACGGGCCCCAUCUGGCUGGAGAAGGUGGAGUGCCGGGGGACAGAGCCGUCUCUGCAGGACUGCUGGGCCCAGCCUGGGGACAGCGGUGCCUGCCGGCAUAAGGAGGACGCUGCCGUGAACUGCUCGGCUGCACCCAGGACAGCAGCACCAACCCCCCGAGCAGAUCCCACCCAGGGCCGUCCGACGGGCAGCGGGAGAGUCUCAUUGCCCGUCAUCAUCUGCAUCAUCCUGGGAGCCCUUCUCUGCCUGCUCCUGGCCCUCCUGGCUGGGCAAGUGUGGAGCGCUAGGGCUGGGCGCAGAGGCUCCGAGAGAGCUUGGGAGCCCUUCCCUGAGGCCCUGUAUGAGGAGAUCGGUUACAGCCCGGCGUGGGAGAAGCAGGCGAGGUUCAGCGGCUCAGGCUCCUAUUCAGAGGGAUCCAUGACCAAGGUGCAGCCCCAGCCCGGGGACAGUGAGGAGGAGGAUGGUCUGGGGUCAGCCCCAGACGUCCCUGUCGGGCCCAGAGGUGACCCAGCAGAUGGCUAUGAUGAUGCCAGGGAGGUUUCUGACCCUGGGGAGGAUCCUGCCUCUGGGCAGGGAGACUGGGAAAUGCCCAGGGCCCCAGAGGAGGGAGCAGGGCCCAGGGAUGCACCUGGAGGGGCAAAGCUGCGCUCCCAGAGAAGUGCUGGGGCCCCUGGAGCUGAGGGAGAUGCCUGGUCCCUGUCCCCGGAGAGCACAGGCUAUGACGAUGCUGACGAGGUGUCUCUGGCACAUCCCCCUGAGGACACAAAGGCUGUGACGCCAGAGCUCAGUGCCCAACAGUCCCUGGGCCCCGGGCCAGGACAGCCCGUCCCUGCCAUGCAGCUGGGUGCAGCCAGGAGGGAGGAGAGGUCUGUGCAGCUGGGAGAGCCGUGA